AUGAAAAGAUACAUGCUUGAGAGGGGGCUCCUCCCGGGCACCGAAUUCAGAAAAGCCGUAGGUAUCGAACCACCCCGGACGUUCGAUGCCCUCCUCGAGAAGGCCAGAGCCUAUAUGGACUACAAGGAGAGAGAAACGGCCAACAGAGCCCGAGAUCCCAGGAACCACGGAUCCAGUAGUAGUCCGCGACAAGACACCGCCCCUCCUCGACGAACUGGCGAGAAGAGAAGGGACGAUAAACCCCGAGACGCCCGAGAACAAAGGGGGCCCUCGGGGAGGUUCACUGAAUACACUCCGCUAACGACUUCCCGCGAGCGCAUCUUAGUGGAGUGCGCAAGUACAGACUUCAAGGACGGCGGCGUCAAGCGUCCUCGCCCCGCUCCUGCCAAACCCGGGAUAGACCAAAGCAAAUACUGCCAGUAUCACCGGAGCCACGGGCACUUGACCGAAGACUGCGUCCACCUCAAGGACACCAUCGAGACCCUUAUAAAGGGGGGAAGACUUGCGCAAUAUCGGCGAAGCGAUGCUCCUCGUCGGGAUGCCCGUGAGACGAGGGAAGUAGAAGAGGAUGCUCAACCAUCGGACGAGUCGAUUCCCAUCCAAACCGUAUUCUCUGUCACAAGACUCGAGGACUUCUACGUCCCCGAACAUCUGCAAGAGCCUCUGUCUACGCACAACAGGUGGGAAAACUUCCCCUCCGCCAUGGUCAUCAACGGUGGAGGGUUUAAUGAUUUGACCAUAAAUUCAGCAAAGAGAAAGCUGGACGAACUGGUCGACGCGGCUCCCCCGUAA